AUGAAUAUCGGAUCUUUGGAGUCAUGUCCUCCAAAGGCCAGAAUAUUGUUAUGGGCAGACCUGAGUUACAGUGAUGCAGAAGAGAUCACCAGGAUAGAAUCUAUACCAGAGAUUUCAAGGAUUUUGUGCCAGGCCCUGCACGUGGAGGCUCCAGACCCACAGCGGGGUAUUCUCCUCGAGUUGUACACAAACAUUGUGCUCUUCUGCAGGCAACAAAAGUUCAGUCAAGAGCAAACAUCUGUUCUUCUGUCCAUUGUAAAGAAUGUGCAUCAGCUUAACACAGAAACUCCCCUCAACAACAUGGACCAGUGUUUUACGUACUGCUGUGAGCUUCUGCUUUGUCAUUCUGUCAGAAGACCCCCGUUCAGUAUUGAUCUAUUCAAUUCAGAACAAGUGACUGAGAUUGUGAAAUAUCUCAUCAACACAUAUAUGAAACACUACCUGCUUUACAAGUAUGCAUUUACACCUCAGAUGCAUUUGGAUUUAUCUUUGUCUUACGUUGGAAUGCCUGAGGAGCCCACUGCAGAACAACUAGAAACCUCUGACACAGAGAGUCAAACUGAAAACGAAGCAGAUGGAACGAGUGAGCAAGAGAUGGCUUCUACAGAAAUCCUGCCCACAGAGACAGAGGUAUCUAAACAAGAUCUGUCCUCAAAGGGACAGCUGAGAACAAUUGUACAAAAUGAAGUACAGGAGGAAGUGACGCGCUUGACAGCUCAUCUAGAAAAACGCUUGCAGGAAAGUACUGAGCAGCUUAAAACUGCGCUGACUGCACUGGAGACGAGAUUUCAACCUAAAAAGUGA